AUGUUGACAAGGGUUCGGCAUAGUCGCGAAACGUACGACUUCGAGAAACAAGGACAUGUGCGACUCUUGGGGGUUUAUUCGCAUAGCAGUCUCAGUUACGCGGGGACGACGGCCCAGGAAGCGAUGAUGCACUUGAUCAACGAGAUCACCUGCUGCAAAGAAGCCGUCCAGCACCAUUUGCAACACUUCCCGGGGAAACGGUUGGUGAUUAGUGUGGGAGCGACGCCACAGGUUUUGUCAUCGCAGCAUCUCCUGCGAAAAGAUCACCAGGAUCACCGCAAAAACCCCGAAGCCGGAACUCUGAGACUUUUGCUCAAGGCGCCAUUUUCAAGUGACUUGGACGCGAAGAUCACGGUGGAACUUCAUGCCGGGGCCUACCUGCUGCUUGACAUGCAGCAGUUAUCGACCGAUGCCGGUCCCCACGCGCGGAGUCCCCAUGAGGAUAUCGUCAUCUCGGUGCUCGCAGAAGUCUGCAGUGUCUAUAACGACGGCGAGAGAUCUUCUCCGGAGGCAUUUCUUGCCGCCGGGACGCUGGCGCUAGGAAGAGAACCGUGUCCAAGUUAUCCCGGCUGGGCGGUGGUGUCUCCCUGGCGGCGGUCGUCGCCGACUUCAGACUCAUCUUCGCGGUUGAUUGUGGAGCGAAUUAGUCAGGAGCAUUCCAUAACUAGUGUCUUGGGAUGA